UUUGAUCUGGCGAUGUGAUGUCAUAAGGCUGCGCGGCGCUCCUGCAUCUGUUGCGAUUCGCCUGAAGAAAGUGCCCAAAGAUGCUGAAGAACGCCUGGUGAAGCAACUGAGAUCCAUGUGAAUGUUAUAAAGAUGGCGUUUAUUAAAGAGGAGAGUGAAGACAUGAAGAUUGAAGAAGCAUUCAGAGUGAAACAUGAAGAUACUGAAGAACAAACAGACCUGAUGGUGCUGAAAGAGGAGAAUCAAGAACUGAAUGAAAAAGAAGAUAAAGAUGAAAAACAUGAUUUCAUGGCUGAAGAAAAGGCUUUUAGUUGCUCUGAGACUAAAAAGACUUUGUCCAGAAAAAAAGCUAAAAAGACAGCGACUAAAGGUAAUUUCACUUGCCAACAGUGUGGAAAGAUUUUCAAAAAAAAUAGAAACCUUACAGUCCACAUGAGAGUUCACACUGGAGAGAAGCCUUACACAUGCCAGCAGUGUGGAAAGAGUUUCAGUCAAAAAGUAAGUCUGAAAGCCCACAUGAGAGUUCACACUGGAGAGAACCCUUUCACCUGCCAACAGUGUGGAAAAAGUUUCAAUAGAAAAGGAAACCUAACAGUCCACAUGAGAAUUCACACUAGAGAGAGCCCAUUCUCCUGCCAACAGUGUGGAAAAAGCUUCACUCAGAAAGGAAGCCUUAAAGUCCACAUGAGAAUUCACACUGGAGAGAAGCCGUUCGUAUGCGGUCAGUGUGGAAAGAGUUUCAGAUUUACGGUAACUCUUAGUCACCACAUGCGGAUUCACUUAAGAGAGAACCGUUUUAUAUGUCAUCAGUGUGGAAGGAAUUUCACAUACAGAAAUCAUCUCAAGAAUCAUGUAAAGAUCCAUUUGGUAGAAAAGCCUUUCAUGUGCCAUCACUGUGGAAAGACUUGCAAAAACAAAACAAACCUUGAGGUUCACAUAAGAGUUCACACUGGAGAGAAGCCUUUCACCUGCCCUCGGUGUGGAAAGCAUUUUGCACUCAAAGGAAACCUUGAGGUUCACAUGAGGCUUCACACUGGAGAGAAGCCUUACAAGUGUCUUAAAUGUAAGAAGAAUUUCACAUAUCAUAGAGAACUGAAAUGUCAUUUGCAAACUCAUUCUGAAAAGAAACCACAACAUUCGGAGUGCGACAAGAAGUUUACUAAGAGGAGUCAUUUAAAAAAUCAUCUGUGCGUUCACUCUGGAGGAAGGCGAUUUAAUUGUGAUAAGUGUAAUAAAAAAUUUCUUUUACCAUCACACUUACAGAUACACCUGAAGAGUCAUGCAGAUGUGAGGCCCUAUUCUUGUUCUUUAUGUAGAAAGAGUUUUAAAUGGCUCAGCAGUUUAAAAUGGCACCAGGAAACAUGUAUGUCUGUGAAAUCAAAGCUACUUUCACACUGCAAAUGAAUGU